AUGGCGGGCCCAGGCACGCCCCAGUCCACCGGUCGCCUAGAGUCCUCUUUCUCUGUAGAAGCCAUCCUGGCUAAGCCCGACUCCCGCGCGCCGGUGACCUCCCCUCCGCCAGUCUCUUCCUGUGCGGCCCUGGGCCUCUGGACCGCUCCCUCUCAGUCUCCUGCCCCAGUUCUGCCCUGGGCGUGCCCAGCAACUUGGCUGCCCGCCUACCUGAGAGUGGGUGUCUACCCGCUGUGCCCACAGCCGGCUGUGCCUAGGCUGCGCAUGGCUCACUUCUGCGGCUUCCAGGGCCUCGGCGUCACAGGCUUGGAACUGGCUCACUGCCCAGGCCUCUGGGGCUCCCCGCACUGGACCCCUAGCGAGGACCUUCAGGACACUGAGAGACAUCAAAAGAGGGUUCGAACUAUGUUUAACUUGGAGCAGCUGGAAGAGUUGGAGAAAGUGUUUGCAAAACAGCACAAUCUGGUGGGGAAGAAGAGAGCCCAGCUGGCAGCCCGGCUCCACCUUACAGAGAAUCAGGUGAGGAUCUGGUUCCAGAACCGCAGGGUCAAGUAUCAGAAGCAGCAAAAGCUGAAACUGCCAGCCAUGUCUGCUAUGGCCACCUCCCUGGACGAGCCCUCCAGCAGUUCUGACAGCAGCAUCCAGAGUGAAGAUGUGGAGUCAGGAGUGGACAGCUGAGGACAGACACCCUACCUGUGCUAUUUGGUCUAGUUCUAGGGGAAAUCAAUGGACCUUCCUGCCCACAUCUCAAUGAAGAGCCUCCUCAGGGCCAGGGAGCAACAGAGGAAUUUGAACUGUCAUGCAGGAGUCCCCUUUUCUAUAACAACCCCUGAGAGCCAUAAUAAUGUAGUGGUCAGAGGCACACACUUUGGCCAUAAGCUAUAAACUUGGCCAAUUACUAAACUCCUGAGCCUUUAUUCUUGAUCUGUAUAAGUGAUUAUAAAGGGGUGAGGUGAUGUCUGUAAAGCACUUACAAUGUGCCAGGACCAGUGGAAAGUGUGUGGUAAUUGUUAAGGCUUAUAGGCUCUCCCAGUGGGGAUAGGGUGUAAGUGGCAGGGGAGGGGGAGAGUGAUAGCU